AUUUCAUUUAUUCUUCUAAUCUAUUCUAUCAGAUCACCUAAAAAACCUAACUAAACCCUUCUUUCUUCCAAAAUCUCUGCAACUUUAUGGCGAAAUCUAUGGUCUACUCCCCCUUCAUUCUGCAAAUUCGAACCCACUCUUCAGCUACGCCUUGAAACUUCUCACUUCUCUCUCUCAGAGUGCAAGUUUUUUGAGCUUUUUUCUGGGGAAAUGGAGAUGAAUUUGUGGGAUUGCUGUGUGGAAGAGGCGCUUGCUAAGCUUGGAUUGCUCCAGUUGCUCAGGUCCUUGAGACCUAUCACGCCAUCCCGCGAGAAACUAAAUCCUGUUAUUGACGAAUCCCCUUCACAGGACGAUGGAGAACUCGAGGUGUUCGAUGAAAUGCAGCCGUGGGAUAGGGCCUCUGUGGAGAUUGAAAUUGCCGAUUCCACUUUCCAGAAGUGGCUUCUUGACAUUCCCAGCUCCGGAGAUGAGAUUGUAACCAAAGAUGGUGCCAUAAAAAGUCUAGUGGAACAUCCUAAUCAGUUCAAAAAGUUAAUUCUAUUUUCUGGAAAUGAUUAUCUGGGAUUAAGUUCCCAUCCAACAAUAGGAAGAGCAGCUGCAAAGGCAGCCCUAGAACAUAGAAUGGGCCCUAGGGGUUCUGCUCUAAUCUGCGGAUAUACCUUCCAUCAUAGGCUGCUGGAAUCAUGCCUAGCUGAGUUAAAGAAGAAAGAGGAUUGCCUUCUUUGUCCUACUGGAUUUGCAGCCAAUAUGGCCUUGAUGGUAGCAAUAGGAAAUAUUGGCUCGCUAUUAAAUGAAGGCAAAGCUUCAUCUGAAGAUCAGAAGAUUGCCAUAUUUUCUGAUUCACUGAAUCAUGCAUCUAUUAUUGAUGGCAUUCGUCUUGCGGAGCGACAAAAAAAUGUGAAACUGUUCAUCUAUAGGCAUUGUGAUAUGGCUCAUCUUAAUGCUUUACUAUCGAGUUGCACAGUUACAAAGAAAGUUGUCGUAACUGAUAGCUUGUUUAGCAUGGAUGGAGACUUUGCGCCCAUGAGGGAACUAGCAAAGCUUCGAAAGAAGCAUGGAUUUUUGUUAGUUAUUGAUGAUGCUCAUGGAACAUUUGUUUGUGGCAAAAAUGGCGGGGGCGUAGCCGAGAAGUUCAAUUGUGAAAGAGAUGUUGACAUAUGUGUUGGCACCUUGAGCAAGGCAGCAGGGUGUUUUGGUGGGUUCAUAGCAUGCAGCAAAAGGUGGAAAUUGCUCAUUCAAUCAAGGGGCCGAUCCUUUAUAUUUUCAACUGCUGCACCCAUCCCCCUUAUUGCUGCUGGCCAUGCUGCUGUCUUGGUGGCAAAGAGGGAAAUGUGGCGAAGAAUGGAAAUUUGGAAUCGGGUCCAAGAUUUCCGUGACUUGACUGGAAUCCCCAUCCAAAGUCCCAUAAUAUCUCUUAUCGUAGGGAGUGAAGGGAAGGCAUUGAAAGCCAGCAGGCAUUUGCUAAAAUCUGGUUUCCACGUGACUGCCAUAAGACCUCCUACAGUUCCAGCCAACUCUUGCAGGCUUCGGGUGACCUUGAGCGCAACGCAUACGAGAGAAGAUGUGAAGAAGCUGACCAGCGCACUCUCGCAAUGCAUCAGUUUCCAGGAUAUUGCUAUUAAUGGUGCAAAUGGGUAUGCAAGAUUAUAGGUGUUGAUUUCUUUAGCUCUCUCACAGAGUUCCCUUGAUUGUUAAGGGAAAUUUUGGAAACUCUCCAAUAUUUCAUCCAUCAUGGGGCCAUGCAAGAUUUUGCUUGUUACAGUUCCACAAUUGUUUAAGCACAUUGAUUAUUUCAUUCUAAAAGACAAAAGAAGGGAUAGGUCUGUCAAUUUUGGCUAUCAGAAGCUCAAAUUUUGCAUCUAUUUGAAGUUAGAUCAGUGCAAGCACCACAGUAAUAGCAUACAUUUUGUUA